AUGACUACUGUUAGGACCCUCAUUUCUUUGGCAGUUAAAAAGGGUUGGGACUUGUAUCAACUAGAUGUUAAUAAUGCUUUUCUCCAUGGUGAUUUGAAUGAGGAGGUCUUCAUGACAUUACCACAAGGACUUGCAAUGGUUGGUAAGGGCAUGGUCUGCAGAUUGAAAAAGUCAUUAUAUGGCUUAAAGCAAACCAGUAGACAGUGGUAUGAUAAGCUAGCUAGCAGCCUAUGUUCAAAAGGGUACACUCAUUCCAACAUUGACUAUUCCUUGUUUUAUAAGAAGCAGGGAUGCUCGUUGGUGUUUGUUGCUGUCUAUGUCGAUGAUAUCAUUUUGACUGGGACUGAUUUGGAGGAAAUUGCCUCUUUGAAACCCUUCUUGCAUGAUCAGUUUAGAAUAAAUGAUCUAGGGAAACUGCAUUAUUUUCUGGGGUUGGAAAUACUAUAUAGACCUGAUGGUGUCCUCAUUUCACAGAGGAAGUUCACUCUUGACCUCCUGAAGGAGUUUGAUUUUGUUGACUGCAAGACCACUACUUCACCACUUGAUCCUGUUGAAAAACUGAUGGCCACAGAGGGCACGUUAUUAUCAGAUCCUACUCACUAUAGAAAGUUGGUUGGCAAGCUCAAUUUUCUCUCCAACACAAGAAUGGAUAUUGCAUAUAGUGUCCAGCACCUCAGUCAGUUCAUGCAAUCACCCAGAGAACCUCAUUUGAAGGCUGCUUAUCAUGUCCUAAGAUACCUCAAACAAGACCCUACAUUGGGAAUAUUUGUCUCUACUAAACCUGACCUCAAUAUCAGUGCUUUUUGUGAUUCAGACUGGGCUACUUGUCCUGAUUCAAGAAAGUCAGUCAGUGGUUACCUAGUCCUCAUGGGCGAUAGUCCCAUUAGUUGGAAGUCUAAGAAACAAGCCACAGUCUCCUUAUCUUCUGCAGAAGCUGAGUACAGGGCUGUGAGACAAGUAGUUGGUGAAUUGGUAUGGCUGGAAAGAUUACUUGAUGAGCUGACAGUGCAGUGCUCCUUGCCUAUAUCUGUUUUCUGUGAUAGCCAGGCAGCAGUUCACAUAGCUAAGAACCCUGUUUUUCAUGAGCGAACUAAGCACAUAGAGGUGGACUGUCACUUCGUUCGAACCAAGCUCCAACAAGGCCUGAUCACACUCCAACACAUUUCCACAGGUUCUCAAUUGGCAGAUGUUUUCACCAAAGCCUUGACUGGUGUCAAGCAUGCUACUCUUUUGGGCAAGUUGUUUGUGUUCAGCUCACCUCCAACUUGA